AUGGCAGCCCAUAGCAAGCUGUUGGCUGCCGGGGUUUGCUUAGUACUCUUGAUCGUAUGGAGAUUGGUAUACCUUUGUUUCUUCCACCCUUUGGCCAAAUAUCCUGGUCCUUUUAUUGCCAAGUUCAGCAAUCUGUAUGGAGCGUACCACGCUUGGAGAGGGGAUGCGCACCUUGACAUGUGGAGGACCCAUGAGAAAUACGGUGACUUUGUUCGCCAUAUGCCCAACACCCUCUUCAUUAGGAACUCAGAGGCUUUGCAUGCUAUCUUCUCUAUCAAGCCAUCCGUAUUGAAAAGCGCGCACUACCGUGUCCUAGAGACCAAUGUAGCAAGCACAUUUAGCUUACGUGGAGGCCAUGAUCACCUAUGGCGGAGGCGGCUUGUGUCGACAGCCCUCUCUGAAAAAGCCCAACGAGGAAUGGACGGCCGUAUCGCCGUACAUGUUCGUAAGUUCUGUGACAUGGUAUUCCCUAAGGAAGCCAAAGUGCUGGGCAAGCCUAUGGACAUGUCCGAGUGGUGUAGCUACCUGACCUUCGAUCUGAUGGCCGACCUUGUUUUCAGCGCCAGCUAUAACCUCUUGGGUAAUGAAAGAUUCCGCUACAUGCCACAUGUCAUUGACAAGUCCAAUGUACGGAUGUCAGUGCUCGUUUACAUCCCCUUUAUCGCUUGGUUUAAGUAUAUUGAUGCCUUUGUUUUCAAAGAGGCCUCUAUAGCCCGAAAUCGUUUCAUGCGCUUCGUCAUACGCGCGGUGAGGGAGCGUGCAGACCGUGCCACUGGCAAGUGGUCAUCCCAGUCAUUGGACCCAUGUCCGCCGCGCAACGAUAUCUACAGCACACUUGCCACGGCCAAGGAUCCAGACUCAGGAAAAAGCUUCUCUUCACAGGAAAUGGUUAGCGAAAGCAUCACAUUGGUAGUUGCCGGUUCAGACACAACUUCGACAGCCAUAUCAUCAACAUUUUUCUACUUGGCCGACACCAAGCAUGCGUACCGCAAGGUGGCUCGAGAAAUACGGGAAGCAUUUAAGAAUAAACCAUUCGGAGAGGGGGGGGUGGCCUGGGGCCCAGAAUUGUCAGGCUGUGCCUACCUACGAGCUUGCGUGGAUGAGGCGCUGCGUAUGAGCCCGCCCAACGGAGCUGCCUUGACGAGAGAGGUUAUGCCCGGUGGCCUCAAGAUCGGGAGGCAGUACAUCCCAGCGGGAACGGUUGUCUCUGUACCAGUAUACGCCAUCCAUCACGAUCCGCGAUACUUCGUGGAGCCAUUUUCUUACUAUCCUGAGCGCUGGCUUGAGGAUGAUGGCACCGGUAGCAUCAAGCGCGCAAGAUCCGUUUUCAACCCCUUCUCGAUGGGCAUCCGAGGCUGUCUGGGCAGAAAUCUCGCAUAUCACGAAAUUCUGACUACCGUUGCCACCGUGCUCUACUUUGGUGACUUCCAAUUUGCUGAGGGUGACUUAGGCAAAGUUGGCCGAGGGUCACCACAGGCCCAGUAUGGACGACACAGAGAGAAUGAGUACCAGCUACGCGACCAUCUGUCCGGACAGAAGAAUGGACCGUGGCUGCGAUUCAGGAGGCGUAAUAUUGUAGACUAA